AUGAAGAAGGCGUCGGCGACGAAACGACGGUCGACGGACGACGGCGAUGGACGACGCGUCGAUGCGCGUCGCGGGCGGAGGGAGGACGGCGCGCGCGCGUGGGCGAGCGCGGUGGCGCAGCGAGACGCGGCGCGGGCGCGCGUGCGAGAGGUGGUGGCGCGGAGCGCGGCGCGGGCGAUCGAACGGUCGACGGCGGAGGCGGACGGGACGGCGCCGAUGUCGAUAUUUGAUGAUUUGUUGUUGGAGGAGCGAGGCAUCGGGACGGCGCCGUGGUUGAUUUUGAAUCGCGAGGAGACGUCGGUGACGACGCCGGCGUUUGAGGGGCGAUCGCCGACGGCGGCGGCGCGGCGGCGCCUCGGAUUCGACUGGAUGCGGGCGCCGGCGUCGCGCGAGCCGUCGCGGACGCUGAGCGCGAGCAGACGACGCACGACGCUGAGCGAGUUGAUAUCGACGCGACGGACGUUACGCAUGGGCGUGAGCGAGCGAGCGGCGAGGAUGGCGCAGCUCGCGCCGGGCGAUCCCGACAGCGCUCGAGAGAGUCCGGAGACGUACGCGCGAAAGGCGGUUUCGGAGUCGAUGUCCUCAGAGGACAGCGAUACGUUCAGCGUUUUGCGUCCGCCGUCGGUCGUCGGCGAAAUCAAACCGAUCUUCAAGUCAACGCUCGCGAACGAACACUGCACCAUUCGCAGACGCGAUUCGUUCGAAACGCUCCUCGCCGAGGGACUCGAGGCGGAGCGUUUGUUCGCGUUCGAUGCGUUCGACGCGUGCGGUUGA